UUAAAACUUUAAUAACUGAACAACUAACUAUUCAAUUCUUUUGCAAUUCAACAUGGAAACACCUGUAAUACUUAGCUUACCUCUCGAGAAAGGAAAAUCUCAGCGCGAGAUCGUCCAAAAGACCCAAGUGCCUAGAAAGACUGUACGUCGCAUUUUUAAGCAAGAACAUAGCCGCAGAGAGCGUAAAAAGAAGUACUCGAAAUCUCAUUUAAUGUCUAUAAGAACGAUACGCUAAUGCAUUUGCACUAUCUCAAAAAAUUGGUUUUCUCGCAGAAUAAACUUUUCGAGCCUUAAAACCUUAUUACGGCUCGCUCCCU